AUGGAAGGGCAAGAUUGGGUGCGGGAUAAUAAUGGGUUGACUGUAGGGAUUGGCUUGUUGAGCGUAGUUUUGAGCAGCUUCAGUCGAGGCUCGUUUUGUGUUGCUGACGAGAACGGCCCAUUUAGUGCAGGAAGUGUAGUAUGGGUGCCGUAUAAAGGUAUUCAGUGGCCAGCUGUAAUUAACAGGCUUUAUGCUUCGCAGAAGAAAGUCACGUAUAAAUUUUUACCGCUCGAUGAAAAUGGUGGUGUUUUUAAUGCCCCGGUCUCUAAAAUUCGACCUUUUUUUUUGAAGGAUCAGCUACCUGCUGAGGGUGAUGAAAAACUAAAGGCAGCUUUUGAAGCUGCUUUAGAAGGCGUUACUAAACAGCGACUGGAGAGAGGAGAAUCACUAGAUGAUCCAGACAGCGAUAUAAAUGAGGAGGAGCAGUCGUUAGAUGCAAGUAAGAAACGGGGUGGAAAACUUGAAGAGAAAGUAGAAACGAAGAGGAAUGGACAGAAGGACUUUGUUGUGGGCGAUAUUGUGCUUGUAAAUUGGUUUGGUUACGCUGAGUGGCCAGCUGUGGUUUUGGCUGUUCGUAGACGCACUCUUGCCUGUCAUUUUUUUCCACUACAUACAGGACAUCCUGGGUGGUGUACAAAAUCUGCUUGUCAGGAGCUAAAUAUUGACCAAAAAACUUUUACAGCUAUGAGGAAAAGAGAACCUACUAGGGAACGACAGAUUGCGCUUGAUGAGGCUUGGGAACUGAUGACGAACACAACAAGGGAGGAGCGUAGAAGGCUUUAUCAACGGACUUGUGAAACAAUGAAGAGAAAGUCAGCCCAAUCAAAAUUUUCAUCUAAGCGAGGUAUAGAAAGUGAUGCAUUGUCAAGUAAUGCCUCACCUGUUUGGACGGAAACUGAUAAGGUGGGAAAUGAACAAAGUAGUGCCUUUGCAAAAACUCAGGAAGAAGAAGGGACGUUAGAUUUCAAGAUUUGGGAGCUGGAUUACUUACCUAAUAAAGACCGGCGCAAAAAACCUGACUUUUCUCAUGCUGUUCCGACGACCGAAAAUAUUAAAACUGACACAGCACAGUCAGAAAUUGACGAGGCUGCUUUCAGUGAAGACAUCCUGAGGGUUUCUUUUGAGAAACGGGAGCAAGAAGAAGUGAUUGAGGAGGUCGUUGCAGGACUGAUAGCUAAAGUCUCGAGUUUUAUUGACCCCUGUCGCAAAAAAGAGGAGGAGUGA